AUGUCUCGCAGUGAGCGGUCGCUGGUUUCGGGGGUCGACUCGAAGGAAAGGUCGCUACGGCCGUCGGUGACCCCACUGGAAGACAGUGGAAGCCAGCCCGGCGAUGACGAGUUGUACUUCGAACCGAAACGUCUGUAUCGUGCUACUCAGGGAGCGUCGUCGAAGUCUUCACUGGUAAGAGUUUAUUCAGAGAAUGAGAGUGCUAAUUUUGAUCAGAUAACUGGUUCAAGGAUUUACGAUGACUUGAAACAUCGACCUAUACCUAUCACGGGCAAGACUUUGGCCAGUACAAAUGGCAGUGAGCGAACUCUGCAGGCAGAGCCGCAGCGUGCUAGAAAGAGAAGGUUCUCGUGGAAUCAGCAGGAUAGUGAUAUGCAAGAUGAGUAUAUACCUGAGUUUGAUUUCGCGGAAGCAGUAUUGAAAUGGCAAAAUGAAGAUGGUGAUUCGCCAGCAGGAAUGUAUCAUACUUUGGCUAACAAUAGCGCCAAUGCGACUCCGCCAAAAUAUAUUGAAUCUAUCACAAGAUUUAACACUUGGGGUACAGACCAUGAAUCUAACAGCAUCAGCCCCAAUAGUUCGUAUGUGUUCGAUUCAUCGCAUGCACAGGUGGAUCCGAUUCCUUUGCCCAACGCUGCAAAUAAAGUGCCAAUGAUGGAUUCUAUGUCUGCGACUGAAGUCGAAAAGAAUAUCACAGAUGGUACGGCUCAUUCUAGCGAGCUUGAUAGGUUCAAGAAUAUGGGGUUUAAUAGCUCAUUUCAGGCAAGAAAAUUGUCCAGAAGGAAAACUUCUGUGGGUGAUUCUUUCAACUCAGCGUCUUCGUCAUUGACUCAUCUACCAGAUAACGCCGUUUCCAUCAUAUCCGAAUUGAAAAUGACUCCAGAAGAAGUAUUAGAACUAAUUGGCAAAUUACCACACGAUUUCCUGUUUUUACCUUAUUCUCAAAGAAAGAAAAUAAUCGUCGACUUGAUACCCAACAAGGAUUACAAGUUAUUGAUGUCAUUGAUCAAAAGUUUAAUGUUAAAGAGCUCGAAGAGUAACACUUCGUUGAACAAAAAUUCUAUUCCCGAUAUCGCUCCUGCAAGCGUGAAGUCAAGGCAUGGAUCUGUCGCUUCCCAAUUUCUAAGCUCCUUCUCACCAGCUGGAAUUACUUCUAUGGCUAAUAAGAAUAAUUUCAGACCUGACGAUAAAGGUAUGCAAAUUAUGGGUUAUAACCUGGGUAAAGUGAUUGGGUUUGGAGCAUGGGGUAUGAUAAGAGAAUGCCACGAUGACAUAACGGGAGCAGACAAAGCUAUGAAAAUUGUACGGUUCCGUAAUAAUCUUAAAGUCAAGAAACAAGUCCUUAAAGAGGUCUCUAUUUGGCAAGAGCUUAAAAGUGAUAAUAUAUUACCCCUCAUACAGUGGAAACUGGACGAGGAUUACGCAAUGUACUGUCUGACCGAAAGAAUUCAUGGUGGUACUCUUUAUGACCUGGUAAUAUCCUGGGGAGAAUACGGAGUGUCAAAAAUCGACUUCCAAAGUCGAUGUCGGCUUACGAUACUUUUAUCAUUACAAUUAAUUUCAGCGCUUAGAUACAUGCAUGGAAAAGACAUUGCACAUGGUGAUGUUAAAUUGGAAAAUUGCUUACUCGAGAAGGCAUCCAGGGAGACUGAAUGGAGAGUUCUUCUCUGUGAUUUUGGAAUGAGUUGCAGGUUCAACCUUUGUAAGAGGUCACCUAUGGAUGAUUAUGUGACUGACGAUUCUCUUGUAAGUCCCACUGAUACCGAUUACAUGGAGAUUUUGUCGUCAUUCAAGGAUAAAAAAACCAUUCGCAGCAGGAAAGCUAUGGAUUUCCACAGAUCACGAUCCAGCACUAAUAUGCAUUACGGAAACCGCCUAAGCAAAUUACAACGAAUUGUAAAAAAUAAGAGACUAACUCACGAUGACACCCCUCUUGGGAUAAGCUCGUUGCCCAAGACUUACGGCCCAUCAUUAACCAGUGCGCGUAUUGCUAAUUCGAGCACACCAUCCUUACGAAACUUCGCAUCUCAUGCUACAAAAUUAACGCCAACGAUGGAUAUGACCUCCCCACAUAUUGAUUCUAAUACAUCUCCUGCUAAUGUCGGGCCUGACCCACAUUCUCACAUUGGUUCGCUUCCAUACGCCUCACCCGAGCUGUUGGAGCCAUCUCCACCACCGUUGGGACCCUCAGCGGACAUCUGGGCACUCGGAGUCACCCUCUACACGAUGUUAACAGGGAAACUGCCGUUCAAGCAUGAAUACGAACCCCGUAUGAGAGCCAUGAUAACUUCGGGCAAGUUUGAUAGAAAGUCUCUGGAGGCCAUAUGUCAUGUCGAAACAAAUGAGCACACUGGCGCAGGUCAAGAAUUAAAAUCGCAACCCAGUUUUGUGGGCUUAUACAAUGCUAUCGUUGGGUGCCUUAAGAACAAAAUGAAUGAGCGGUGGGGCUUGGAUAAGAUCGAACCAGCUCUCAAAAACGACUUGAUGAAAUUAUCGUCUUUUGUAUGA